GAAGUGAUUGUUCUUAUUGACUGCCUUAGAUCUGAUCCGGAUCUUAUUGGGGAACAUAGUUCACUGACUAAUUGUCACAUUAGUCAUCAAAUAGGACCAGUUAGCUAAAGGAAUGUCUAAUAAGAAGGGUGAUUGCCUAUAUUUCUCCCCACAUUAUACAAGAGAUUCACCUCUGGAAAUCAAGCUCAGACCAUGCUUUUGUAAAAUAAAUAUUCAUGUUUAUGAGCCAUAUAUUCCAAGUAGGCUAAUUGCAACACACGUUCUGUAUUUAAUCUUUCACUCUUUUCUUUCAGCUGAUGUGACUUCUGCACCCAGUGUCCAAACACUGACGGCUAUAGAAGGAGGAAAUGUGACCUUUUGGAGUGGGCUGAGUAAACAAACUCAUGCCAUCCUCUCCUAUGGCAAUGUCACUCUGCUCAACUUUCACAAUGGUGAAACACUGAAAAAAAAAAGCAAAAUCUGUGUGGAGAAUGGGACCAUCAUCAUGACCAACAUUCACCAGAAUGACAGCAACCACAUCUACAAACUCCAGAUCGUUGGACUUGAAGUCGAAACAUACAACUACAAACUGAAUGUAACUAAGUGCCAACUUCAAGUUUCUGAUUAUACCUCUGUCCCACCAACUCAACACCCCAGUACACAAGAGAAGACAGAUCAUACCACUGUGGCCCUCAUCAUAGUUGGUCUGGUUGUUGUUGUUGUUGUUGUUGUUGUUGGCUGGAUAAUUUACUGCAAAAGGGAGAAGCUCAGGAAAAGAGAUCUGUGGAAAGUCAUCUUCAGAAAACAAUCAACCAAUUUGACCAAUGGAAACUACCACGGAUCCACCUCACAUCGUGUGGAGACUUUGAAAUGAUGUGUUGAUGUUGUUGUUGUUUGUGUUACAGUGACACCUGCAGGCUGAAAAACAAA